UCACAAUGACGUGGUUGUUAAAUCCGUCGUUAAUUAUUACAUCUUUUGUUAAAAAACAAUUUUGUAAAGUUUUAAAUAAUCAGGAAUAUGUUACUAAUAAUUAUUUUAAUUUAUUUCAGAGGUCUAAACUGCUUCGAUCAUGUCAGACGUCGAAAACGAUGAUGUGCCCUCCGCACAACCCUCAAACUCAAUGGACGUAAACACGGCGCUCCAAGAAGUCUUGAAGAACGCCCUGAUCCACGAUGGAGUAGUUCACGGUCUGCACGAAGCAGCAAAAGUCCUCGACAAGAGGCAAGCGAUGCUGUGCAUCCUGGCUGAGAACUGCGACGAGCCAAUGUACAAAAAACUUGUCCAGGGACUCUGCAACGAGCAUCAAAUCUCGUUGAUCAAGGUUGACAACAACAAGAAACUCGGCGAGUGGGCUGGUUUAUGCAAAAUCGACAGUGCAGGAAAAGCACGUAAAGUUGUCGGCUGCUCUUGCGUCGUUAUUAAGGACUUUGGUGAUGAUACCAGUGCAAAGGAAGUCCUUAUCGAUUAUUUGAAACAAAACAGUGGCCACUAAGCGUUUAAAUAAAUAAUACUUUAAAAUAA